UUGGAGAAAUUAUUAAAGAAAUUACGAAGGAUUUGAAAGAGCGUAAGCCUAAAUCAUCUUACGAAUCAAAUGACAUGCCACUGCAACAACGUGACUUUAGCGAGGCAACGAAUAAAAUUGAAGCAACCGCAGUAGCUAAUAUUGAGAGAAAGAUAGGCAAUUCGAAUUAUUGGUGUAUCGUCAGCGCAGGAGCCCCCGGGAUAGGAAAAACUCGAUUUGGAAUAGAGCUUUUUGAUUACAUCAAAAAAAAUUGGAAUCCUCCAAAACAAUGGGGUGAUGUACAUUUUGAAUAUCUCUAUAUGAAUUUUAGGAAUGGUCUUUACCUUAAAGAAGAUGACAGCGAACUUAUACCAGAGGUAAUCCUUGGAUUGCGGGCUGCUUAUGCAUUCUUCAUUGAAAAAAAAUAUGCCAUCACUUUCGAUAUAUUCUGUGUUAAAGCUCUUGUAUACGACAAAAGUAUUUUCAAAUUUGAUUCCGUCAUUUAUUAUUACUAUGAAUCUCUGAAGUUCUCCAACAAUCAAAAAUUAUUCUUGUAUCUUCAUAUUGAUGAAUUUCAAAUGAUUGAUGAAUGGGAUGCAUACAAUAAAACAAAACAAUUCUUUAAGAAUAUGAUCCGUGGCAUUGCAAAAUUCAUGACUGGUGAUUAUCCUACUUUUAUACAACCAUUCCUCUCAGGAACAACACCACGAGCUAUUGCUCAACAAAAACAAGCUACGGAUAUCUCAUUUCAGUUUGUUGAUUGUCCAUUAUUGGACAUUAAAUCGAUGAUUCGAAUUAUGGACCAUUUUGCGACAAAAUUUAAAGCACCAACAACAUUAUUAGACUUUGAAGCACCAGAAGCACCAACUAAAAAAGACGCAGCAAACAAAAAAAAAAAAGGCGUAGCACCACCAACAACAAAAUACGCUCCACUUUUACAACUUCUGAUAGAUACUGGAGGUUUGCCUCGUGCACUUGAAAAACUCCUUGACGUAUGUUUUAAGACAAUAGGUGGUAAUGGAAAAAAAUUCUUUGAGGACCUAGAGUAUGAUUAUGAUAAUAUUUUCUCAAUCGUUAAGAAUGAUCUUGAAAAAAUGUACGACAUUUAUAGAAAGGUUGACGAUGAAAUGGAACUUUACAUGAAUCUUUUGUACCAUUGCGUUGAGGGGAUCCCUGUUGAAGAAAAUAAGCGCUUAGAUAAUAAAGGGACAACA